ACGGCCCCGCGAGGCGACCGCGGCCCAGCCGCACCGGAGCAGUGGUACAGGCAUGGAUGGGAAGAAGUGCAGCGUAUGGAUGUUUUUACCUCUUGUAUUUACUUUGUUUACUUCAGCUGGAUUAUGGAUAGUAUACUUUAUAGCUGUGGAAGAUGACAAAAUUUUCCCAUUAAAUUCAGCUGAAAGGAAACCGGGCGUGAAGCACGCACCCUAUAUAAGUAUUGCAGGUGACGAGCCUCCUGCAAGCUGUGUGUUUAGUCAAGUCAUGAACAUGGCAGCAUUCCUAGCUCUCGUGGUAGCUGUUCUGCGCUUCAUACAGCUGAAACCCAAGGUUUUAAAUCCAUGGCUGAAUAUUAGUGGAUUGGUGGCGCUGUGUCUGGCCUCCUUUGGGAUGACCUUACUCGGUAAUUUUCAGCUCACCAAUGAUGAAGAAAUCCACAAUGUCGGAACUUCCUUGACCUUUGGAUUUGGCACAUUGACCUGCUGGAUCCAGGCUGCACUGACACUCAAAGUCAACAUCAAGAAUGAAGGCCGGAAAGUUGGAAUUCCACGAGUUAUUCUCUCAGCAUCUAUCACUCUCUGUGUGGUCCUCUAUUUCAUACUCAUGGCCCAAGGCAUCCACAUGUACGCAGCCAGGGUCCAGUGGGGUCUGGUCAUGUGCUUCCUGUCUUAUUUUGGCACUUUUGCUGUGGAGUUCCGGCAUUACCGUUACGAGAUUGUUUGCUCUGAGUACCAGGAGAAUUUCCUAAGCUUUUCGGAAAGCCUGUCCGAAGCUUCUGAGUAUCAAACCGACCAGGUGUAACCUAUCAGCUUUUCCUUGCCUGUGAGGUGGGUGUGCUGGGGGAAGGAGCCAGAAGGCCACACCCACAGGACUUGGUCCAUAACCUCAUCACACAUUUUACACACACACACACACGUUCAUGGCCACAUUUGCCAAAUGAGCUUUUCAGGGCAAGUUACUUCUUUAACGAAAAAGCACAAGCCCUUAUGUGUCGGAAUACCUGCUGUUACAUUGAAAAUAUAUGCACGACAGAGCAAGAAGCUUGUGCGUGAUCACUUCUCUUUUCCCUCUCUCCCCCAGUACUCCCUGCUCUUCUCAUUCUCUUCCCGUAUUUCAGACAUUGUGAUCACCCUGCCACAGAGCAGGGCAGGCCCGAUGUAACAUGGGAAUAAUGCCAACUCCCAAAGUUGCCUUCAGAUCCAAAGGGCUUGGAACCAGCUCAUGAGGAAGUUCUGAAUCUGGCACUAAUACUCUUGAAUGGACUGAGUAUCAUCAAGAACUUCCCCAUAAAAACUCCCUUCAUCACUGUUCAGUGGUCAGCUGUGUGGAGUCAAUGAGAGGAAUAUGCUACAAGCCCACCACCGUGAUUUGGACUUUACUGUGACUGAGAAAUAUUUCCAAAUGUGAAUAUUCGUAGGGACGUGGUCUGCCAGGCAUGGAACAAGAUGGGGGCAGUGAGGGUAUGGUUUCGUUUUUGCUUCCAUAGUAUGCUAUGUACAGCUUUUGUUUUAUAUUUCAUAGUUUGCCUUCUUUUUUUAAGUAACUACCGUGGGUCUCUCAAGACCUCAUGGACAAAGAAGAUGUAGGCCAAAUGAAAGAGCUGAGCUUGUUUUGGGUUCAACCAUGAUAAAAGCAAAAAAAAAAAAAAAAAAAAAAGGUGACCUGCAGGCUUCAUUUGCUGCUUUUAUGUUCAAAGCUAAGAAAAUGUUCACAGAAAAGCACAAAGAAAUAUUUGUGGAGGUAAUAGGAAGAGCUCCUGCUGGACAUUUACAAAAGGAGUCUUAGAGCAUCUUGUUAUAAGUCCAGAUCAAGGCAGAGCUACUUAAUAUAUAUCUAUAGCUCAAAUUUAGUAUUUGGGGGGGGAGGGUUUAAGGGCUUUUUCAUACUUGGAAUUUGUAGAAACCAAAUCACCUUUCCCCCAAACAAACUGGCACGGCUGAUCCCCCACCGCCCAACAUACACGUUUCACCCGCUAAGAGUUUAGAACGCAAACCAUAGACCUAGGCUUUUGAGGCUGUGCUUCAUAAAGAGCAGAAUUCUGAGUUCAAAAUGCCCUGGAGUGGGCCACAUUGACAGACCCUCCAUGAGUGCACUUUGUUUCAAGAAGUCCCCAAAUGUACUUCACAGGAGCCUGGGAUCUCAUGGAAUAUAAUGUGAAAAAGAUUGUUUUUUAAUUCAACCCAAACUCAGAUUCUUGAGGAACGGGUCCAUGACUUUUCAUCUCUGUAUUUCUCUCUGCCUCCCAGCACAGUGCCUGGCACAUAGAGGUGCUCAACAAAUGUUGUUAAAUAGAGUUACUGGUAAUUUAAGCGUAGGAGAAAGGAGUAUCAGAGAAAGAUUCAAAGAUGAGAGAAGAGGUGACUGUUUCAAGCAAGACAGGAAUGGAAAAAAUCCUAGAGAAGGAUCAGAUCGGGGUGAGAACACCUAUGAGUGAUAGGUGAAAUGUGAGGAAAAGAAUCAAGCAGAGAGCAUUCUCCUAGGAAAAAGGCAUCUUACUGUAAAUAGUCCAAGGUGACAUUUAUUAUUUUUGAAUACUGUUUUUGGGUUUGUUUUUUCAUUUUUAUAUUUUAAAAAAUUUUAUCAGAAAACAAAGAUUUAUGGAGUUUUCUUUUACUCUACGCAAUCCAAAUUAAACAGCUUUUGGUGAUGCACUCUACACUUUCUUAAGAGUAUAUCUAAAUAGCACAGUUUAGCAGAAUCAAGCAAUGACUGGCAUUGGGAUCUGACAACUAAAUAAAAUUCUUUU